UCCCAGCCACCUCCCAUUACAUCUGAAGAGGCAAAGACAUUUUCUUAGACUCACACAACUUCAACUCCAGACACAGUUAUUGGUACUCAAACUUGCAGAGUGCAGGAAAACGACGGAAAGGCACCUGAAAACUCAAUAAAGAAGCAACAAGUUAGUUAAAUGAUCAUGAAUGUGAAGAAGCGGCUGUGGUCCCUGGCCUGCAUUGUCCUGCCUGGUGUGGGAUUUGCGAUGAUCUGCACUGGGUCCUACCUCGUAUCCCAGCAAUUAAAGUACGAGUACUCUAUGAGGGUCACUGCCUAUGUCAUGAUUGUGUUCGGCAUCCCGGCUGCGUUCAUCGGCAUCUUCUGGACUAACUGCCACAGCAUGAAGAGCAAGAUGUACCAGAGAGGAGGACAUGAACAGCACACCCAUGUCUACACUAUUGAAAGACCGAGCUCAUUCCCUCCAUCGUACGAGGAAUCCCAUGGCAGCCAGGGGCGUCCUGAAACAGCCUCUGAGUCUGUUGUCGUGGUUGACGGGGUGGAUGUGGUGAUGAGCUUCGCUCCUCCUCUGUACAGCCAGGACAGCUCGGACGCUCCGGACUGCACAUGGAGCUGGGAGCAGCCACCUCGGUACAGUCAGGUGGAGCAUAUUCAGCAGGGAGAGGUGGACGUAGAGGAGCAGAGGGAGGCCUUGACUGGACACUGA